AUGGCUUGUUUGUCGUUGCUCCAGUCUUCGUUGCUCUUCUUUCUCAUCGCCUCGACGUGCUUCGUUGAGGUUUCGCUGGCCGGGGGAGAAGGAUCGCUUCGUCCGGAACAAUGCGGCGCGGCAUGCGACUACCGAUGCUCGGCAACAUCUCACCGGAAGCCAUGCCUGUUCUUCUGCAAUAAGUGUUGCGCCAAGUGCUUGUGCGUGCCCUCCGGCACAUACGGACACAAGGAGGAGUGCCCAUGCUACAACAAUUGGAAGACGAAGGAAGGAAAACCCAAGUGCCCUUGA